CAAUAAAUGCCUCUUGCUGCACCGAUUUGAACUGACCUAUUGGAGCCUUUCAGGCAGCGAAGUGACGUCAAGUCGUUGAUUUCUCUGAUAGGCUGAAAGUCGCGCGCAUGGGUUCAUGGGAUGCAGCGGUGAGAACGCCAUAGUGAGAGACAUGGCGGAGUGCAAAGCAUUCGGGUGCUUGAACAAUAAACGUAAAAACAAGACGAAAAAGUUCUUUUGUGUGCCAAAGCCUGUUAAUUCAGAACGGGCGAUCGUAGCAAACAAAUGGCUGCAGAAUCUGAGAACGGGGCACACUCUGAAAACCUUUCCGUUCGGUCGAAAUUCCAUCGUGUGUGAGGACCACUUUGAACCGGAAUGCUACGAAAGGAACAUGCAGGCAGAGCUGCUGGGGUACGAAUGCAAGACGAGGCUAAAACCCGAUGCCAUGCCGACAAUAUUUGCCCACAGCAAGAAGAAAACGGCACACAGCAAAGGCUGGCAUCAUGCAAAGCCUGCAGGUGUGGCCAAGGGUGGUGUGGUGCCAGACGUCCGAAUGAAGACUGAGGCAGCAAAAGAACCUCCCACCAUCAGAGACUGGGGAUGUGAUGAAACGACUUUGGGGAAACCGGCAGUAGACCCCUCUAAGAUGCCUGCCGACGGAGAGCUGAACGGCUCCUGCGAGAAAGCCGAACCCGUCACGGCCAAGAGCCAUCAGAGUCUACCCAAAAUCUCUCAGGACAGUCGCGCCAGGCUGCCACCGCCGCAGGACUCCAAUAACAAACUGACCCGUUUAAACGAAAACGGCCUUUCGGAGAAAAGCGACGAGCCGGCUGGCAAGCAGAACCAUCUGAAGGCUGGCGAUCCGACGCAAGCCUCGGUUACCGGUAGCAACGGCUACGUCUUAAACAGGCAGCCCACGCAGGAACCGGCCCCACACAGGACUAGUGGUACGACCGUGGGGGCUUCUCUCAUCGGCCACGCUGCCAAAACCCUUCCCGGGAGGAGCUUGAACGCUGUUAAGACUGAUGGAGCUCGUGGACAGGGGCCGGCCUUGCUCCGAGAAGAAAAGGACAAGGCAGAGGGGAUAACGAAACACGCCGCACAGGAAGCCAACCCCCCAGCAAAAAUACACAGGGCUCGGAAGACCAUGGCCAGGCCUCUAGUCAACCAGACCACUCUGAAGCUUCUAAACAGGGAACCAAAAGAACCGAAUGAUCCAAAAGAACAAACGGACUUGAAAGAAGAAAGCCGCAACGGGGUGGAGUCUGGCAAAGCACAUCCACCACCGCCACCCCCCCAGCAACACCAGCUACCUCAGAACCAGAACGAGGCUACUGCCAGCAAGCCCCAGCCAGCUGCAGCGGUGUCCCGCAGGAAGAGGAGGAAGAUGGGGACGUACAGCCUCGUUCCCAAGAAGAAAGCCAAAGCCAUGAGGCAGCGCACAGUGCUGGAGAUGUUUAAAAACACCACGGCACAUUCCCCAACUGCAGCAGCUCAGCAAGAGAGCACACAUGUGAACGGGGAGAGCGUGGAAAACGAGUCGGAGGAGGAGGACUCUGAGGAGGACUUGGAUGAUGAUGAGGACGAGGAAGGAGAGCAGGGAGGCGAUCGGCCCGAGCAGACGGUCCCUGUCAGUGAGGAGAACCAUGACCCCCAGGAGGGGAGCAGGAGGAACAGCAUGGACGACACACCCAGGGUGGAAGAGGGAGAGGUGGAACAUGCCUCCGAGGAAUCUGCCGAUGAAGAAGACGGUGGCGAGGAAGAGGGGAAUGAGUCGGAUUUGAGCUCCGAGUCCAGCAUAAAGAAGAGGUUAAAAAAGAAAGGGAAGAACGAUAAUCCCUGGCUGAAGCCGUCCAGGAAAAGAAAACGCAAGAUUAAAGUGAAAACCAACGGCUCCUCUGGGGCUGAAACUGAGGUUCAGCCUGACUGCAGUAGAGAAUACACGGAGGUGCCCCUUGACUCUUUGGAUCUGGAAGUUCAAGAGCAGCUUUUGUCUUCACAGCACAAAGGGGCUUCCAAUGACUCAGAAGCCAUGGAGGCUGAUGCCGUGCAGGAACUCCCUCUUUGCAGCUGCCGAAUGGAAACUCCUAGAAACAGAGAGAUCCUCAUCCUGGCCAACAAGAAGUGCAUGGCUACAGAGAGCAGCGAUGGGGAGCUGAGUCUGUGCUCGAGAGGGGUGAUGAAACAGGAGAUGAUGCGCCCGUCCAAUAACGUGCAGCAGCUGGUGCUGUGUGAGGAGCACAGGGGCAGGAUGGUGAAGCACCAGUGCUGCCCGGGCUGUGGGUUCUUCUGUACAGCUGGUACGUUCAUGGAAUGCCAGCCAGACAGUCGCAUCUCCCACCGCUUCCACAAGGCCUGUGCCUCGGUGCUGAACGGGUUGAGUUUUUGCCCUCACUGUGGGGAGGAGACCCUGAAGGCGAAGGAGGUGACGAUAGCAACAGCAGACACGACCUCUACCUCAGUGGUGCCCCUCGUCCCGGGACAGGAAGUGGAGGAAGAGGCGAGGACUCCGGCUGCAGACACUACCACACGAAGCAAUCACCGCAUGAAGCUACAGAGCGAGAGCAAGGUGGAGAGUUCUGUGUGGAAAACAUGUUUGUCGGAGGGCUCCGAGUCACCAGGAUGUUCCAGCAGCUCCAGAGCUGGGGCUGAGGGCUCCGAGUCACCAGGACGCUCCAGCAGCUCCAGGGCUGGGGCUGAGGGCUCCGAGUCACCAGGACGCUCCAGCAGCUCCAGGGCUGGGGCUGUGACAGCGGCGUCGAGUCUGCAGCAGGGAGUCGCCAAAGAGACCCUGGAGAGCAUCCUCAUUGCCUUGGACGCAGAGAAGCCCAAGAAACUCCGAUUCCACCCCAAGCAGCUCUACAUCUCAGCCAAGCAAGGAGAGCUUCAGAAAGUCUUGCUGAUGCUGGUGGAAGGAAUUGAUCCUAACUUUAAACUGGACAGUCAGAGCAAACGCACCCCGCUUCACGUAGCGGCAGAGGCCGGGCACAGGGAAGUCUGCCACAUGCUCGUACAGGCCGGUGCUAAUCUGGACAUGUGUGACGAGGACCAGCGGACGCCGCUGAUGGAUGCUGCAGAGAAUGACCACCUGGACACUGUGAAAUACCUGCUCAAGGCUGGAGCCAUAGUAAACCACAAGGAUGUGGAAGGUUCAACAUGUUUCCAUCUGGCUGCCAAAAAAGGGCAUUACGAAAUCGUUCAGCACCUGCUGUCCACGGGGCUGAUAGAUAUUAACUGUCAGGAUGACGGAGGAUGGACGCCUAUGAUCUGGGCUACGGAAUACAAGCAUGUGGAUCAGGUGAGGCUGCUUCUGUCUGGAGGAGCUGACAUCAACAUUAGAGACAAGGAGGAGAAUAUUUGCUUGCACUGGGCAGCUUUUUCGGGCUGCGUUGACAUAGCGGAGAUCUUGCUAAAUGCGAAGUGUGAUCUUCUCGCAGUGAAUAUCCACGGAGAUUCUCCGCUGCACAUUGCAGCCAGAGAGAACCGGCACGACUGUGUGGUGCUGUUCCUGUCCAACGGCGCUGAUGUUAACUUGCAGAACAAGGAAGGGGAGACGCCCGUGGAGUGCUGCAGCCUCGGCUCCCAGGUGUGGACUGCUCUGCAGGCCAAUAGGAAGCUGAAGGACGCAGCCGCUAACAGAAGCAGCCAGGAGAGAGUUGUAAACAGAGACAUCGCCCGGGGGUACGAACGGGUCCCCAUCCCCUGUGUGAACGGAGUGGACAGCGAGCCCUGUCCCAACAACUACAAAUACGUUCCAGACAACUGCGUGACGUCCCCCAUGAACAUCGACCGCAACAUCACGCAUCUGCAGUACUGCGUGUGUAAAGAAGAUUGCUCUUCUGCCAGCUGCAUGUGCGGUCAGAUGAGCUUGCGCUGUUGGUAUGACAAGGAGGGUCGCUUGCUGCCUGAGUUCUGCAAGAACGAACCGCCGCUGAUAUUUGAGUGUAACCAUGCCUGCUCCUGCUGGAGGAACUGCAAGAACAGAGUGGUGCAGAACGGCCUCCGCAUCCGGCUGCAGCUUUUCCGAACGAAAAAGAGUGGCUGGGGUGUGCGGGCCUUGCAGGACAUUCCGGACGGUACCUUUGUGUGCGAGUAUGUUGGAGAAAUCAUAUCGGAUUCAGAGGCUGACGUGCGGGAAGACGAUUCCUACCUUUUCGACCUGGAUAACAAGGUUGGACGCGUGUACUGCAUCGAUGCCAGUUUCUACGGCAACAUCAGUCGGUUUAUAAACCACACGUGCGAGCCCAACAUCUUCCCUGUGAGAGUCUUCACAUCCCACCAGGACCUGCGAUUUCCCAGGAUCGCCUUCUUCAGCAGCAGGCACAUCAACGCUGGAGAGGAGCUGGGGUUUGACUAUGGAGAUCGGUUCUGGGAAAUCAAAAGCAAGUAUUUCAGUUGCCUGUGCGGCUCGUCCAAAUGCAGACACUCGGCUGAAGCCAUCGCACAGCAGCGAGCCGACUCCUCUCCAGCCACCAGCCAGGAGAACGGAGUCCCUGACACCAGCUCCUCCUCCUCCUCCUCCACCACCACCCCGCCCAGACCUUCCUGAGAUGCGUCCCCAGAGCCAGCCAGGAGAACGGAGUCCCUGACACCAGCUCCUCCUCCUCCUCCUCCUCCUCCUCCACCACCACCCCCCUGCCCAGACCUUCCUGAGACGUGUCCCCAGAGCCAGCCAGGAGAACGGAGUCCCUGACACCAGCUUCUCCUCCUCCUCCUCCUCCUCCUCCUCUUCCUCCUCCACCACCACCCCCCCGCCCAGACCUUCCUGAGACGCGUCCCCAGAGCCAGCCAGGAGAACGGAGUCCCUGACGCCAGCUCCUCCUCCUUCACCACCACCACCCCGCCCAGACCUUCCUGAGACACGUCCCCAGAGCCAGCCGGCAGACUAUGCUCCUAUGGGAACAUGGCUCCAUCCCCAGGACCCUUGGGAUCAACCCUUGUAGUGUCUGGCCACUUCAGUCCCCUCGCCCUGGCAUACACAGUGACAGGGAUCUACAGCAGUUUGAAUCGUUGGCAGGUUGUUUUUUUUUUCUUUAUAGUCUGGCCUGAGCUCACACAAGGGUAGGGCUCUGGAUAGUUCUGGUCAAUGCAAGCGUAGUUCUGAGGACAGCCCACAAUCAACCGCAGAGGUUUGCUGCCUCACUGACUCCUCCUCCUUCUUAAAUAGUAUUUUUUUCCUAAGAAGCAUCUCUAGAGUUUUACUUGGUCUUGUCCCAGAGACGAUUUCAAGUGUUGUCCAAUGAAUGCAGCUACCAAGGGCACCGCUGGGUAUGCAGAAGCGACUUUCUUUUGUUUUGGGAUUUCUGCAACUGUCAUGUGAUUUCAACUGGGUGUUCUUCUUUGUAUAGCUACAUACAUGUAGUGUGUACCUACAGCAGAGCGUCUUCUAUAAGAAGUGUUUAUGGGGACAUGCUUCACAGGAAUGCAUGAGGCGGAUGUUCACUUAGAAUUGGCCUCUCUGGUCUUUCUGGUCCUUUUCAUUAACCUGUCAUUCUUUCCUACACAAUAAGCGCCAGAAUCGGGAGGAUUUCUUGUUUUUAUUUUUAUUAUUAUUAUUAUUAUUAUUACUAUGUUGUAUUUGUCAACUUUCCAUUUUUCGAUUCAUAUAUACGCUUCUGAUAAAGGACUGGAGUUGGCACAUUAAA